AUGUCUUCUGAGCCAAAGCCAAAAAAAGUGCGAAAUAUUGCAACAAAGUUGCAAAGCUGCAUUGAGAUAUGUGCCUCAUCCCUCGACCAAGUGUUCAAAACAACAAACUGGGAUGAUGCUACAGCUGCCUGGGAUGUAGUCCUCAUCCUUCUAGCUGCUGAGUGCAAGGUUGAGAAGGUAAUAUUCUUGUCUUCAGUGCACCUGAUCAAGCCUAAUGCAGGACUGUAUGAACAGCAGCAGAUCGAUGAUGUCAUUCGCAAUGGGCCAGAGAAACUCAAGGGUGUCAAGACAUUUCAAUAUCUAUGUGUUGCUCAGAAGCAUGUCAAGAUACUCAAAGAUGAGGUGCAGGAUUUGGACCUGAAGCGGUGCAUAGAUAAGGAGACCCUGAUUCAACAAGCUCAAGAGCUGGAUUUACAGGUCCAUUAUGUUGAAUUUGAUCCAGCUUUGGAUUACAAAUUCCCUCACAUCAAAAAGAAACCUGCUACAUGGCUUGUUGAUGAAUCAGAAGGCAUGCCACCACACCCAGAUCCAGCAAGGUUCCCCAAUGUUACAUAUAUUGGGAAAAAGGAAGGGUGGAAAAUAUUAGACAGGGAGCAUUCACAUCUUGUCCUGAACAAGUGCACUGGAGAUAUAGAGCUUCUUGUGCUGCACAAUGCAACAAACUUGUCACCAACUGGCAAGGCAUUGUUGGAACAUCUUCAGCAAAUCAAUAAUGAGCAUGCUCUUGAGCGCCGCAAUUUGCAUCCCUCUCAUCAUGGGAAGAUAUAUGCAUUUGGAAUCAGUGCUGGAGCUCGACACAAGCAUUCUCCUGAUACCAUUGAAUUGGGUCAUACAAAGUUCCACAAUAGGUAUACCAAGAGUGAGCUUAGAAAAAGUGAUGGGGAGCUUUUGGGAGCUGCUGCAGUGACUUGGGCAUUGUUAGCAGCCAACCUUCCUAUUGAGAUCACAAAUGAACUUGCAUGUGGGAUUACAAGCCUGGGCAUCCCAGCAUUUUUUUCACCUACUAUUGAUGGCAGUGACAAGGGCUACUCAUUUGAAUUCAAUGGCAAAGUUUACAACUUCCCUGCUGUUGAGUGCCCACCACCUGAAGUAUAUUAUGCAUCUGUCAUAUCCAUCCCCGGCCAUCGACUUCCAUUCCCUCCAAUCCCUCCAGUCUACCUCCGCUCCUUCCUCACUAGCCUCGGAGCUCCCGUAUUCCGCAAUCCUCUCGGUACCCCUCGAUGGUCACCACCCCCUCCUUUCAAUUUAUUACCAAUGCCUCCCUAA